GGAUGGUCAUUGGGCUUUAUGUCUAGUGAAUCAAACCAUACACAGCCCAAUAUUAACCCACCCCACAGAAAACCUCAACUGCUCAACAGUUCGGAACCUUCUCUCUUCACUCUCCCUGUAACUUCUUCAAUGGCGACCGAGAACAAAUCCGAGGCAAGCAACUGCAACAAAAAUAACAAGAAAAGAAAGAAUUACCUGCCUUACAAUAAGCCAAUCGAAAAGGGAUCUUACCCCUUACGUCCUGGCGUUGAGGGGUUCUUUAUAACGUGUGAUGGUGGGAGAGAACGCCAAGCUUCGCAUGAAGCCAUCAAUGUUAUCGACUCUUUUUACAAAGAGCUUAUGGAGGGUACAGAGCCGAAAGCUGGACAUGAGGGGCUAUCUGGAAAGCCUGUGAACAAAAUAACAAAGUUUUCGUACUCAGAUUCAUCCAGUAGUGAAAAAGAGGAGGAUGAAAUUACAGAGGGUGAUGAGGCUGAUAACAAAAAUAUUGUUACGUCAAGUGGCUAUGGAACUGAAAAGAGUGGGGCUGAAAUUAAAGAUGAUGUGUCACUUGAGAAAACAGCACAGGAAGAGAAAGAGAAACUAGCUGAUGUUCGUGAAAAAACAGAAAUGGAAGCUGAAGAACCACCUGUAAAGAGCCAAUGUGUAGAAGAUAAAUCUGUUGAUAGGCUAAUUGAGGCUGAGCUAGCCGAAUUGGGAGAUAAGAGCAAGAGGCGUUUUACUAAGCUCGACACAGGAUGUAAUGGUGUUGUCUUUAUUCAAAUGCACAAGAGAGAGAGAGAUCCAAGCCCAAAGGACAUUGUCCAACAUGAUGACUUCUCUUGCUUCAACCAAGAAACACAUAUCCAGGAGGAAAUCAAGCGGGCCAUACAGCCUCUGAUUGAGAAGCAUUUUCCAGUCGAAACUGAGGCCCCGCAAAAUGUCCACCACGAAUCCCGCGAGCCGGGUGUUCGGGCCCGGGCCCCCGAACAAUUUGGCGGCCUCGUUUUGGACGUGAUCCUUGUGGCUCUCGAUGAAUUUGGAAGGAUGAUAAGGGCCCGACGGGGGCUCGGCACGCAAGAUGUCGACGAAGCGGAUCCUGGGGCUGGAUUCGAGGGUGGGACGAGGGAAGUUGUGCUUGUGCAUUCUGAAAAUCAGCUGCAAGCUUGGUCUGGUAUGGCGUUUCGCUGCCAGCCAUUUCAGGGAUUUCUCAUUGAAGGAGCAAAGGUGCCUUUGGUGAGGCUAUGUCUGAAGAAGAUCAGCGAGCCCUGUGCCGAAUUGGCGGAGGAAAACGUGGCCUCCUUAAUUGAGGAAAAGAAGGAAACUGAAACCACCAUCGUUGAACUAAAGGAGGAGCCACGUUUUCCUCAAUUUAGUUCAACGAUGCCUCACCCUCCAUCUCAGCCAAGAGUGAUUUGUUCUCUUGGAUCCGUUUCAAGAUUACCCACUUCAACACCAAACACCAAGCUCUUCGAACAGAUCUGGCUCAGGAGCUGUGCAGAGGCACCUGCCUCUUGCUCCUUGCUCCUACAGAUAUUAAAAAAACAAAAUCAACUUUAUAAAACUAAAGGCACCGCUGCACUAGUUAUCAACAUAAUACCAGUAGGGUAUUUAACCUUCAAUGAGAAAUCCCUGAAAUGGCCAGCAGCGAAACGCCCUACUAGACCAAGCUUGCAGCUAAUUCUCAGAAUGCACAAGCACAACUUUCCUCGUCCCACCUUCACAAAAGAAAUGAAAAUGAAACGAGUCCAAACACGAGUCGUUCCAUCUCUGCAUAAAGUUGAAUUAACAGUGACAUUCGCGUUAGAACGCGGGUUUAAAAGAAGCAUCACGUACAACUUCACGAACGAUGAUGGUAUUGAGGGCGAGUUCAUGGAGCACGCCAAGAAACACGAGUUUGGCGACAUCCAAUGGUACCCGUCAAGACGUAUCGCAAUUUACAGAUACGACAAUCGUCUUCCUUUGAAUGCAAAAAGCAGCGGAGGAAACCCGAGAUGCGAAGGCCAAAUGCCUACUCGCGACCUCCUUCCUCGCGUACAAACGUACAAGAAACUGACGGCCAACGGCCUAAAAAACAACAAACUAAUCUUCAACGGCUACCCGGUCAUCGGUCACCAAGCCCAAAUGCAAACCUUGGGCUCGUGCCUAUACUCUCCCGAGACAAUCAAGUCCGCCGCGUGUUCUUGGGACCCGAGAAUCAAUGGCCUAUUCUUCUUCGAGUCGACCGCCAUAUUCCAACCUUCGAAAUUCGCCAACUUCAUACGCGGCGUGAGAAAACUGCGCGACCUAAAUCUCGACAACUUUUGCGGCCUCGACAUGUACAAUGGUUUAUUGAUACGCUUCGUGAAGAAAUCCACGGCAUACUUAGGGCAAGACGAGGACUCGGUUGCGGUCGAUUUCAACUACUUCAUGGCCGACACAAAGUCGACCCCGAGGUUGAAUCAAGACGUUUACGAAGAAAUCGAGCAAAUGGCGUUUUUCAAGUAUGGGGCCAAGCCGCAUUGGGCCAAGAAUAGGAACGUCGCAUUUAUUGAUGUGAGGAGAAAGUACGCGGGCUUCGGGAAGUUUUUGAAGGCUAAGAAAAUGCUCGACCCGGAAAAUGUGUUCUCGGGCGGGUGGUCGGACGAGAUAUUGUUCGGGGAAAACGGUUUUUUGGAGAGUGGUGAUGGGUGUGCUUUGGAAGGUGGGUGUGUUUGCUCCGAGGAUAGGCAUUGUAGCCCUAAGGAUGGGUAUUUUUGCAGGCGUGGGCUUGUUUAUGGUGAAGCUCGGAUAUUCUUCUUCAUCAACGGACUAAAGGAAAGUCAUUACAAGAGUGUGAAUCAAACCAUACACAAGCCCAAUAUUAACCCACCCCACAGUAAACCUCAACUGCUCAACAGUUCGAAAGCUUCUCUCUUCACUCUCCGUGUAACUCCUUCAAUGGCGACCGAGAACAAAUCCAAGGCAAGCAACUGCAACAAAAAUAACAAGAAAAGAAAGAAUUACCUGCCUCACAAUAAGCCAAUCAAAAAGGGAUCUUACCCCUUACGUCCUGGCGUUGAGGGGUUCUUCAUAACGUGUGAUGGUGGGAGAGAACGCCAAGCUUCGCAUGAAGCCAUCAAUGUUAUCGACUCUUUUUACGAAGAGCUUAUGGAGGGUAGCGAACCAAAAGCUGGACAUGACGAGCUAUCUGGAAAGCCUGUGAACAAAAUAACAAAGUUCUCGUACUCAGAUUCAUCCAGUGAUGAAAAAGAUGAGGAUGAAGUUACAGAGGGCGAUGAGGCUGAUAACAAAAAUAUUGUUAUGUCAAGUGGCGAUGGAAAUGAAAAGAAUGGGGCUGAAAUUAAAGAUGAUGUGUCCCUUGAGAAAACAGCACAGGAAGAGAAAGAGAAAGUAGCUGAUGUUCGUGAAAAAACAGAAAUAGAAGCUGUGGAACCACCUGUAAAGAGACAGUGUGUUGAAGAUAAAUCUGUUGAUAGGCUAAUUGAGGCUGAGCUAGCCGAAUUAGGAGAUAAGAGCAAGAGGCGUUUUAGUAAGCUCGACACAGGAUGUAAUGGUGUUGUCUUUAUUCAAAUGCACAAGAGAGAGAGAGAUCCAAGCCCAAAGGAAAUUGUCCAACAUAUGAUGACUUCUCUUGCUUCAACCAAGAAACACAUAUCCAGGUUUCUGUUGAGAGUGCUUCCAGUUGAAGUAUCAUGCUACACGUCGGAGGAGGAAAUCAAACGAGCCAUAAAGCCUCUGAUUGAGAAGCAUUUUCCAGUCGAAACUGAGGCCCCGCGUAAGUUUGCAGUGUUGUAUGAUGCUCGCGCAAAUACUGGUGUUGAUCGGGCCAAAAUUAUUGACACUGUUGCCAAGACCACUGUGUGCUUGAUUGGAGUAGUGGAGAAGUACAAAGAAUUGGCCAAGUACAACUUGAGGCAGCUGAGCUCGUGAAAGCAGUAAAUUUAGCUUUGGGAACUUCUCGAAUAUUUCUAGGAGUACUGUGUUUUUCUUUUUACCAACCACUGCUUUUUUAUUUUCUCCUACACUAUCUUCUCUAGAGACAAGAUUGUUGAUUUCAGUGUGUUUGAGAGCAGAUUUUAUAUUCUCAGUAUUCCUAUUCGAUGCAAUUUUAUUUCAACAUGCAUCAGUGUUUGCAAAACUUUUAUUGCAAUUUGAAAUUUAUGUUUGUAGUGUACUUUUUGUCUGGUAUGACUUAUUAAAUUAUAUCCUGA